UCUAAGGCUUCAGUGUCGCUCACAGGGGGACAGACCAGGACUUCUCUCUGUGUGUAUAUAACACAGACAUUUCAGGACUGUACUGGAUCAUCUCAAACCCGAUUACUGGAAUAAUGAAGUCUCCAAAAUUGAAACCUCAGGCGAAGUUUGCCAACGAGGAGGAUCUGAACGACGUGCUGUGUGAGUUCGACGCGGUGAUCGAAGACUUCACGUCGCCGGUGGAGAAGCGACACUUCAGGUACGAUGAACACCUGAAGACCGUGAAGAGGAGGAGCUGCGCCAGCGUCAGCGACAGCGGCAUCAGCGACUCCGAGAGUGCAGAAUCACUCAACAGAAACAGUUUCAGCUUCAGUGAUGAGAGGCUGAACUCCCCCACUGUGCUCUCAACUACCACCAACUCACCUCCUUUUUUGUCACCAAAACCCAAACUUGGCGACACUAAAGAACUGGAAGACUUCAUUGCCGAUCUUGACAAGACAUUAGAGAGCAUGUGACAAGGAGGCUAAAAGUCAUCCUGGAGUGAAAUCCUGAGGGAGUGGAUGGCUGCGACCCCCCCCCCCCCCCCCCCCCCCCCCCACACACACACACACACCAAAAACCACCCACUAUGAUACAGCUGGAUGGCACAGGAACUGCCAAGCAGCUUUAACACGGCAUCAGGUCUAGCAAGCAAACUGCUGAAGUUAGUGCUCUUCUGACUCAAGGCCACCUGGCUACUGGGCUGUAAGGUCUGCAAGUAGGGUCAAACUUGCAUCAUAGGGAACUUAAGGACGAGAAUACUUCAGCACGAGGUAAUGGAUUACAUGAAAUGUUGUGAGCAUGGAAUAUAUGCUGCCAAGAGUAACUGGAACAUUUAAUGUCAGAGUCACAAAUUGCCCCACAACACAGACGAGGUUACACUCCCUCAUCCAAAACUUGAGCUGGAAGAGUAUUUAAGAUAGCUUUUUACAAUAGAAAUAUAUUUGUAAUUUUAUAGAGCUCCUCAUUGUCUUUUUUGUGAAAUAUAUUUUUGUAUCUUAUGUAAAUAAUAAUUGUUUCAAAUUAUAUUUGCCUUGGUAUUAACAGAACAUUCAGAUUAAGUUUUGACGCUCAUUGACUGGAAUAAAGUUGAUUACGUACUUAAAUGUGAACUGAAAACUUAAUCCAUUCUGAUUAAAAUGGAAAGUAAUAUGUGUAUUUAAUACAGCUAAUGCCUGCCAGAGUUAAUAUUAAAGUAUUAAAUAUUUUUCUUUUACUAACACAUGCCUCCUCUCUUCAUUUUGGACUUGAAACGUCUGCUUCUCUGGGCUUCUGUCACAUUGUUUCAGUACCGUAACUCCAAUCUGAAUUUAAUGUGCUGUUCUGUUCAUCUUAAAAUGCUCUGUGGGUCUUGUUAUUUUGCUUUCUCUCUCUAACCAUUAUAGGCUGCCUAUAUGUACACUCUGCUGUGUAGAGUCUAAAGCUAAACCAAAUAGCAUAUUUCACAUUGAAUUAUCAUCCUUGUUAGAGUCCUUAUACCUUCACUAUG